AUGAGCAAUUCUAGCAAUCAAACCCCAAAGGAGAUUGAGCUCCAAGAUCGUGAACGUCAACUUCGAAGGCGUGAAUUGGACCUUGGCCUCGAAAAGCACGAGCUUAGAAUUAAACACGGCAAAGCCGAGCUCGAAAAGCAUAAGCUUGCACUUCAACAACGCAAAGUGGAUCUUGAAAGGCAGGAACUUGGAAUUGAACAAGACAAAGCUAAACUCAAAAAGAAUGAGUCCAAACUCAAAGAAACCAUUGAAAAGCUCAAAGAUAAUGAAACCGGGUUUAACUCCGAUGGACCUGAUAUAAUCAGGCUGGCGAUAUCCAAGAAGUUUAGGGGUGGUAUGACAGGCACAAAAGAACACAAACUCAAACAGGGUGAAGAUAUAAACGCCCUUCAGCGAUGCCGAUAUGAGCGGUACGUCUACGAACAAGACCUGGAGGGGAAAGAAGAUCGCUUGCCGGAUUUCCUCGACGUGGAAACCGGACUCCGAGAGAUUGCUCAACGGGAAAUAUGUUUGAGAGAACAAUAUGAGCAAGAUCCAACCAAAGUCGAGGAAAAGUUCAAGGCCACAGAGAAGGAAUUUAAACGACUUGAGUACAAGUGGGGGAUGAUCCGGGAUUGCUUCGAUGGGCCUUUAGGGCGAGCUUUUGAGUACUGGCGGUCAAAUCCUAGAUGGUAUAUGCAUCGCGUUCUUCGAGAGGAUUGUGCCGGGAGGGGAGGCUGCUGUGGGCGUGACUGUGGUUGUUGUCUUAAUCGCAAACUUAACGAGACUCGCAGCCGUGCAGCGGGACAUUGCACUGUCGAAUGUGGUUGCUGUGAGAAGGCUCGGGGAUAUGAGCUUUCCGAGGAUGACAAGAAGUACUUUUCGAUACGCUAUGCGGUCUCUGAGGAUGGUAGGAAGGGCCUCGAUCUGAAGGACCUGCGACUGAAAAACCUCGAAAUGCAAAGUCUACACCAGCAACAGGCGCUUACUGAAAAAACAAUAAAGGAGGAUUUGAUGCGAUAUGAGUUCUCUGAUGGCGCAGUUCAAGAAUUUGAACACUACAUAAAUGAAGCUGACAUCACUGACGAUGAAGCUGAAUUUACCGACGAUGAAGUUGAAUGUACCGACGAUGAGUGUCCUGCGGAUGAGGAGGAUCCACACUAUCAUCGGAUCUCCCAAGCUUCGAUCUGGGGUUUAGUAGACGGUAACUUUGAGAACCCGUUUGACUUGAUCGAUGAGGAACCGACCUGUGAUCCAAAAUCGCAGUUUGACGGUAGCAACCUGGUUGGCCAGGAGGAAAACGAUUCAAUGACAACGGAAACGGAUUGGUAG